ACUUGGAAGAGAAUUUCAACAAGGUUCUUUCUAGUUUCUACUUCCUCUUUUUGGUAAUUGUUAAUUGAGCUAUGACUCUUUUAAGUGUCCCUUGAUGUUUGUUAAUUAGGAUAGAAUUCCAUUUAUGAAAAUGGGAUUUAGACAAGCUUGGAAAAUUCUUUUGAUCUCUCUUCUUUCUUACUGUAUCAUUCAAUCAUAUUACAUUAAUGCCUCAGACACCAUACUGCAAUCCCAAAAACUCUUAGUAGGAGAGACAUUAACUUCUGCUAGUCAGGUUUUUGAAUUAGGAUUCUUUACUCCUGCCAAUUCCGAUAAAAGGUACCUGGGGAUAUGGUUUAAGAAUAUCCCUCCUCUUAAAGUUGUGUGGGUUGCAAACAGAGAAAGUCCACUUAAAGUUUCUGAUUUUGCGGCAAGUCUUUCAAUUAGCAAAAAUGGAAAUUCGGUACUUCUUGAUGGUACACAGAAUGUUAUCUGGUCAAGCAAUGUGUCUGUCCCCACUAAUAACACAGUUGAAGUUGUUCUCCUGAACAGUGGGAAUUUAGUACUUAAAGAUAAUGUCUCAGGACAAUGCUUCUUUGAGAGUUUUGAUUAUCCUUGCGAUACUUUCUUGCCAGGAAUGAAAAUAGGUUUUAAUAAGAAAACUGGGGAGAGAUGGCUCUUAUCUUCUUGGCAGAAGGAAAACGACCCCUCGCCAGGAAAUUUUUCUAUUGGAAUCUCGGAGCAACUUCCUCCUCAGUUUUUCAUAUGGAACAAAUCUACUCCCUACUACAGAACCGGGGAGUGGAAUGGACUGAAGUUCAUUGGUCUGCCUUAUAUAGAUUCAGCAGCCUAUAUAGUUCAGUUUGUUUUUCAGCAAGAAUUUCAAGGAGGAACUACAUAUUUCACCUUUCUCCCAAAUAAUUCAUUCCUAACUUUCGUGGAACUUCAAUCUACAGGGUCUGUUCAAGUUGUUCAGUGGACCGAUGGAGAUCCAACUUGGGAUGUUUAUGCUAAGAUGGUACAUGCACCAUGUGAUAUAUAUAACACUUGUGGACCUUCAGCAGUCUGCAGCAAGAACAAACUACCAAUUUGCAGCUGCUUAAGAGGGUUUGUGCCACGGUCUAAUGACGAAUGGAGCAAAGGAAACUGGACAGGUGGUUGUGCGAGGCGAACUAAAUUACUAUGCCAGCCGAAGGGAAACAGCACAUCUUCUGGGGUUGCACAGCAGGACGCAUUUUUGAAGUUUAGUGGACUGAAACUGCCUGAUCUUGCUGCUAUUUUUCACCUUGAUAGUGCUAGUGAAUGUGAAAGGUUGUGUUUGAAAAAUUGUUCUUGCACAGCUUAUGCUUAUGUGGCAGGAAUUAGGUGUAUGGUGUGGUCUGGAGAUCUUUUAGAUAUGCAGGAUUACUCAUACUCUGGGGAAGAUCUUUUCCUUCGGCUUGCUUACUCAGAGUUAGUCUUUCCAGGUAUGCGGAAGCGUAAAAGAGCACUAAUCAUAUGUUCUGCAGUAUUUUCCGGUCUCUUUUUCGGCUUUGGUCUAUUUUGUUUUCUCAAGCACAAGAUUUAUCCAACAGGAGAGAAGAGAAAAGGAGCCAGAAGCUUUAGUCUGGGCGAUUCAUGCAACAUUUCAAAAGACUACACAAUAGAAAGUUUCUGGGUUGGCAAUUUAAAGAAAGAAGAUCCAAUUGAACUUCCACUGAUUGAAUUUGAGGCAAUUGCCACAGCAACAAAUAACUUCAAAGUAGAUAACAAGCUCGGGGAAGGAGGAUUUGGUCCAGUUUUCAAGGGAAAGCUAAAAGGUGGACCAGAAAUAGCAGUAAAAAGACUUUCUAAUCGAACGGGGCAAGGCAUAGAGGAGUUCAAGAAUGAAAUUUUAUUGAUAUCAAAACUCCAGCACAGGAAUCUUGUACGACUCCUGGGGUGCUGCAUUGAGGGGGAAGAACUUCUUAUAAUCUAUGAGUACAUGCCAAACAGAAGCUUGGAUAAAUUUCUCUUUGAUGCAUCACAAAAAGAACUGCUAGAUUGGCCUAAACGGUUCAACAUCAUUCAAGGUGUUGGUAGAGGGCUAUUAUAUCUGCACAGAGAUUCUUGUUUGAACAUUAUCCACCGGGAUUUGAAGGUUAGCAAUAUCCUUUUGGAUGAGGAGAUGAAUCCAAAAAUUUCAGAUUUUGGUUUAGCAAGAACGUUUCAGAAGCAGCAGCAACUAGUGCAUACUCACCGAGUAGCUGGAACAUAUGGAUACAUGUCUCCUGAAUAUGCUUUGAGGGGGGUAUUCUCGGAAAAAUCUGAUGUCUUCAGCUUCGGAGUCUUGCUAUUAGAAAUCAUAAGUGGCAAGAAGAACUCAAAUUUCCUUUACGUUGAAGAGAAUCUUAAUCUCCUCAAUUACGCAUGGAAAUUGUGGAGUGAGCAAAGGGGGUUAGACUUUAUGGACGAGACAUUGAUCAACCCAUUAUCUCCAGAAGAGAUAACGCGAUGCCUACACGUUGGCCUUCUAUGUGUUCAAGAGCAUCCUAGGGACCGUCCUACCAUGGCUGCCCUAAUUCUCAUGCUAAACAGUGAAAUGAAAUGCCCAAGUCCUAAGCAGCCCAUAUUUAAGUUUGAAACAUACUUGGAUGUUUGUGGAUCAGCAAAAGAUAAUGACAGAUGUUCUGUUAAUGAGUUCAGUGCAUCAUUGUCUCAAGGACGAUAGAACAUGUUAAUGUAUAUUCUUAAAAGUUGUUAAUCAAGUACAAAAAUCCAGUUAAUAGCCACCUAAUGAUGUAGCUUUUGUUCAUUUGUAAAUGCACCAUCCUCGGAGAUGUAAUGAGUUUCGCCUCCAUUUUUUUACUAUGCAAUCUUGUACUAGUUAACAUUAUUGUUUUUAGGGGUUUUUAAUAAUAAUGACAAUGUUAUAUUCUUCAA